AUGGGCAACCAGCCGUCCAGCGAGAAAAAGGCCAAAGGCGAGAAGGGUGGUGCCGACGGCGUUCCUCUAGGACGUGAGUACUACCGCUCUUUCGAGCGAUCUGACACCAAGGACUCAACACGCUCUCUGCGCACCUCGCUGCGAAACAAGAUUCCAGGCACAGGCAAAACCGACAGCCCACGCAAUUCCGUCGCCAACCUCACCGACACGAACGGGAAGCCCGACAAAUCAGACGCUGCUUCGACGAGAUCGGACAAGAGCCGUGGCGGCAGAAGUUCCCGGCGAGGCUCGGUGGCUUCUGCUUCGGCACCUGCACCUGCCCCAGAGACAAUCAGUACUGAGAAUGCGCUAGUUGAGCCGACCUCCCCAGACGAGGAGCAACCGCCUCCUUCGCCAAUCCAAGGUGCUACACAAGGGACCGCACACGAAGGAGUGAGCAAGGCACAAGAGACAGGCGAAGUCGACCAUGUCUCGGACAUUCCACCGUCUGGCGCCUCGGUUCCGCUGGCGUCGGCUCAACCGGGAGAGUCUAUUCUGCAAAAGAAGGAUCACCCGAUUCCACGGAUUCCCGAACCACCUGCGGCGAACGACGGACAAGGGUCACCAAUGGAGAUCAGUGCGCUGAAGUCCAUGGAUCUUGACGACAUGAUCCAGCGGCUGCUAGACGCGGCCUAUGCAGGCAAGGUUACGAAGACGGUCAGCCUGAAGAACGCGGAGAUUUUCGCGAUUUGCUCAGCCGCCAGAGAAGUCUUCCUCAGCCAGCCAGCAUUGCUAGAGCUGUCAGCGCCAGUAAAGAUUGUAGGCGAUAUUCACGGACAGUACACUGAUCUUAUCCGCAUGUUCGAAAUGUGCGGAUUCCCGCCGAACUCGAAUUACCUAUUCCUAGGCGACUACGUCGAUCGCGGCAAGCAAAGCCUGGAGACGAUCCUCCUUCUUCUCUGCUACAAACUCAAGUUUCCUGAGAAUUUCUUCCUUUUGCGCGGCAACCACGAGUGCGCAAAUGUUACGCGAGUCUACGGUUUCUACGACGAGUGCAAAAGAAGGUGCAACAUCAAGGUCUGGAAGGCUUUCGUGGAUACAUUCAAUACCCUGCCAAUUGCCGCUAUCGUCGCGCAGAAGAUCUUCUGUGUCCACGGUGGGCUUUCACCGAGCUUGUCGCACAUGGACGACAUUCGCCAGAUCGCCCGUCCGACUGACGUGCCAGACUACGGGCUACUGAACGACCUUUUGUGGAGCGAUCCGGCGGACAUGGAAAACGAUUGGGAGUCGAACGAAAGAGGUGUUAGUUACUGCUUUGGCAAGAAGGUCAUCAUGGAAUUUUUGCAACGGCAUGACUUUGAUCUCUACUGUGGCGAAUUCGACAAUUGGGGCGCCGUCAUGUCGGUCUCAGGAGAGCUGCUUUGCAGUUUCGAGCUCCUCAAGCCCUUAGACUCCAGUGCGCUUAAGAGCCACAUCAAGAAGAGCAGGAACAAGCGUCAGAGCAUGCUCAAUUCACCAGGUGCUGACAGUGUUACCUUCCCCGGAUCUCCGAUCAUCGCCAAAGCCGCUAUACUCGACCGAGACGCCCCGGGAUACAUUGAUUACAAGGAGCAGAACAAGGCAAUGGAUGCAUUUGACAAGCUGGAAAGGCAUCGGCGUGUGCGAAGAAAGGCUGGUUCGGAUCAGCUGGGCUCACAAGGCGACUGCGCCUCGACACCUACACCAAGAAGGACCGGACACAUCAGGUCUCAGACAUGGAGCGACUCCAUGAACGCUGCUAGUAACGACGAUGCUAAGGCGUCACUACUCCGAAACAUGCAACAACUCGACCUAGAGAACUCGGGCACACGGAAACGUCAGCUAGAGGACCAACGAGCCCUCUGGGAAGCAAACCUGCCAAUGCCUUCGCCUAUCUGUGUUGGUCGAUACUUGUCCGAACAUGUUUGA